AUGAGUCUUCCGUGGGCAUACUGUACCGCCGUCUGCAUAUUGAUCUGCGCAGCCGGCUAUACGUUUGCGAAGCAACGUGCAAAAGCUCCUUUACCUCCUGGUCCAGCGCGAUUGCCAAUACUUGGCAACGCGUUGAACGUUCCCUUUGAAUUUCAGUGGCUCAAGUUCACCGAAUGGGCUGGGAUAUACGGGGAAAUAUUUAGCCUUUCAGUAUUAGGCCAUUCUAUUCUGGUCCUCAACUCAGUUAAUGCCAUAGAGGAGCUGUUCGAAAAGAGGAGUGCAUUGUACGCCGAUCGCCCUCACAUUCCCCUGGCAGGCGAGAUGGUUGGGUUCUCUUCCAUACCGGUGUUGGAGCGCUACGGCAGACGUCACAGGGAAGGUCGCAAACUCAUCCUCAAUAGCCUGGACCACCACAAUCAGACAGAUAUCCAUCGAAUACAACGGAACAAGGCCGCCUUAAUGCUUUCCAAGCUUGUUAGUAAUCCAAAAGACCGGCGGUCACACUCUCGCUGGUUCAUUGCCGCGGUUGUGUUUCAAUUGACUCACGGGCAGCAAAUCGAACACGUCGACCACAUCUUUGUCAAGCUGGCAGAACGAUUCAAUAAGGACUUUUCCCACAUGGUAAGACCUGGACGCUUCCUAGUAGAUAAUAUUCCCAUUCUGCAAUACCUUCCGAGUUGGCUCCCUGGGAUGGGCUUCAAGAGUCUAGCAAAGGAAUGCAGAGAACAGUUUCUGCGCCUAUGCAAUGAACCGUAUGCCUACGUGAAAGAUCAGGUGGCUAAUGGGACUGCUCUGCCUUCACUGGCGGCGAGACUGAUUGAGGAGAACACCAAUCCUACACCUGAGGAAGAAUGGUUCUAUAAAACUACGGUCAUGCAGUUCUACGCAGGUACGCUUAUAUCCACGGUGUCUUCGAUUGAAUCGUUUGUCUUGAUUAUGAGUCUGUACCCAGAAAUUCAGCAGAAAGCACAAGCUGAGCUGGACUGCGUUGUUGGGCCGGGCCGCCUGCCAGACUUCAGCGAUGGAGCAUAUUUGCCCUACCUGGAUGCAGUCCUGAAAGAGGUCUAUCGGUGGAAUCCUGUACUACCAAUAUCCGUGCCCCAUCGUGUCAUGCAAGACGACGUCUACAACGGAUUUCAUAUUCCCAUCGGUGCGACAGUAAUUGCGAAUUCCUGGCACGUGGCAUGUUUCCCCAAUGUCGGCACUCUCGCUGAUGUCGAACUCAGGGCUGUUCUUCAUGACCCAUUGCUGUAUCCAGACCCGUUCCAAGUCAUUCCAGAGAGGUACCUUAACCAGGAAGGCGGUUUGAACCCAGAUCCCCAGAAGUUUGCCUUUGGUUACGGGCGACGAGUCUGUCCGGGGAGAGUCCUUGCAGAAGACUCGAUAUUCAUAUUUGUCGCUUGCGUGCUAGCCACGUUGGACAUCAGCAAGGCGGUGGGUCCCGAUGGACUGCCCAUUGAGUCAGGUGUACAGUACACAGGAGGCACUGUCAGUCACCCCGGCCCCUUUCAAUGCACCAUCAAGCCUCGUUCAGCAGAAUCAGUGUGUCUCAUCCAGAGCGCGGCGAUGCAUGUAGAUUAUAUGAACUAA